AUGCACAGUGCUCGAGGCGCAGAUGGUGCCAGAGCUGGACCUCAUCACGACCGGCACUGUCGAGAUACGCGGCCUGUUCGCCACGCCCAUCGCUCGCCGCCGCAGCUGGCAGAGCCCGUGCUGGAGCACUACGAGUUCGUGCCCUACGCUCCGACGCCGCAGCCCAGAGCGAGGAGCGCGAGUGGGAGACGGCGGAGGCGUUGCGCGGUGCGUGCAGUUGGUGCAGAGAAACCGCCCGCCCGUCACGCGCACGCCCCCCGUCCCGUGCGCGUGGCCGAAGUGGUGGCGCGCGGCCUUGACGCCGCUGCGCCGCCUGCUCCUGGCGGCGCUGGCCGACCUGCCGCUGGUGCAGGCCAAGGCCACGCUCUUUCCAUGGAGGAGGGCGCGGAGGCAGGGGCGGGGCCCACGGCCGACGCUUCCAAGCUGGCGCGGAGCGCGACCUGGGCUGCUGGUGCUGAGCGACGCGGAGAGUGCCGGACGAACGGCUGUGCCAGCGCCGCGGUGACGCUGGGCGCGGCCGCUGCUUGUUGGCGCGUGCACUCCCCGGGGCAGCUGUGA